CCAUUCCCCAUCUGCACCAUGUUCCGCCUGCCUCUCUCCGCACGCGCCGCCCUGCCCAACGCCAGCAGCAGCCUGCGCGCCGGCAGCCGCCGCGCCUACGCCUCGGCGCCGCCGCCGGCCGCGGGCGCCAAGUGGGCCAUGCCGCUGUCGCUCGCCGGCCUCGCCGGCCUCGGCGCCUGGUACUCGCUCGGCGGCUUCGGCGACGUCAAGCCCAUCGCCACCGAGGGCAAGAGCGCGCUGAACAAGGACGAGUGGCGCGAGUUCACGCUCAAGGAGGUCAAGCCGUACAACCACGACUCGUCGUUCUUCAUCUUUGAGCUGCCCAAGGGCGAGGACUCGGGCCUGAGCGUCGCGAGUGCCGUCGUGUUCAAGUCGGACGCCGUCAAGGACGACAAGGACAAGCCCGUGAUCCGCCCCUACACGCCCACGUCGGCGCCCGACACGCCCGGCCACAUCGACUUUCUGAUCAAGAAGUACAAGGACGGCAAGAUGACCGAGUUCGUGCACGGCAUGCAGCCCGGCGACAAGCUCUCGAUCAAGGGCCCGAUCCCCAAGUUCCCCUACAAGGCCAACGAGUUCGAGGAGAUUGCGCUCAUCGCCGGCGGCAGCGGCAUCACGCCGAUGUGGCAGAUCAUGCAGCAGAUCUCGGCCGACAAGAGCGACAAGACCAAGGUGACGCUCAUCUACAGCAACAAGUCGCAGGCCGACAUUCUGCUGCGCGAGGAGUUCGACGCGCUCUCCAAGAAGGACGAGCGCUUCAAGAUCGUCUACGGCCUCGACAAGAAGGACAAGGGCCUGCCCGCCGACACGUUCGAGGGCUACGUGACGCCCGAGGUGCUGAGCAAGUACCUGCCGGCACCUGCCAAGGCCGACAAGAUCAAGAUCUUCGUGUGCGGCCCGCCGCCGCAGGUCGCCGCGAUCUCGGGCGGCAAGGGCGCCAAGGGCUCGCAGGGAGAGCUCAAGGGCCUGCUCGCCGAUGCCGGCUACCAGCCCGACCAAGUGUACAAGUUCUGAGCGAGACGCGGUGCUCCGUGUGCUACUAGACGCCCGAGCGGUGAAUACAUGCAGU